GACUAAGCAGACUCAGCUCAGUGCGUGCACGCUCAUGCUGUUUGGAUUUCUCAGUCUGAGCAGAGAGAGAAGACGAGACAACGAUGAAGAGCUUUGGAGUUCUGAUUUGCACCCUCGCAGUCCUGACGACGGCUGAAGCAGACCUGUUUAGAGACAGAAAGCGGCGGGAAUUGUCAGUUUUCUCGUCCUCUUCAUCAUCAUCAUCUUCGUUUUUGUCCUCCUUAGAAAGUUCAGGUGGGAUCUGUCUGAACGGAGGCUCCUCUGUCCCGUCCCUGACGUCUGGAGAACACAUGUUUUGUUUGUGUGCCAACGGUUUCGAGGGGAGACGCUGUGAGACAGGAAAGAGUGCUCACUGCUACGAGGGCAUUGGACUGUACUACAGAGGCACAGCGUCUACAUCAAAGAGUGGGCGUGCUUGUUUGGAGUGGGAUUCAGACACCAGGGAGCGAUACAUGUCGCCUGAUGUCAAUGCAGGGAGGCACAAUUACUGCAGAAAUAUUCUCUACAAACGGCGUCCGUGGUGCCAAGUGUGGAAAAAACAGCAGCUGACGUGGGAGUAUUGUGUUAUUCCUCGCUGUGGCUUGGAGUCGUUUCCAGCCCCGCCUUCUCCUGCACCGACUCUACCAGUGCCCGCUGCAGAGACGUCCACAUGUGGCCAGCGCACCAGACGGAAGCAGAUGAAGAUCGUGGGUGGGACGGUCUCCACUGUGGAAUCUCACCCGUGGGUGGCAGCCAUAUUUUGGCGCAGCAAAUCCAAGGAUAAGGUUUUCCGCUGUGGGGGGAGUCUGAUCUCGGCCUGCUGGGUCCUCACAGCUGCCCACUGCUUCCCUGACGGCUCCCACACUAAAGAGCGCCGCUUCUCCGUCAGCCUAGGGAAGAACGCUCUGAAUGAGACGGAUCUGUAUGCGGAGCAAACAUUCAGGGUGGAACAAAUCAUCGUCCAUGAAGGGUUCGACAACAGCGAGGGAAACUUCAACAAUGACAUCGCUCUGAUGAAGCUGACGGCCAAAUAUGGAAAGUGUGCAGAAGAAAACCACUUGGUGAAGACCGUCUGUCUGCCUCCGCCUCUGCAGAGCCUCCAGCCUGGUGUCACCUGUGAGAUCGCCGGAUACGGGAAAGAAAAAUACGGUCUGUGGUACAGGUCUCAGCUCCUCCAAGAGGCUCAGGUGAACCUCUUCGCCGAUGAUGUGUGUCGGCACGAGGAUUAUUACGCAAACAUGAUCACUGAUAACAUGUUCUGUGCCGGCCGACCUGACUGGAGCCAGGAUGCCUGUGAGGGAGACUCUGGAGGGCCUCUGGUGUGCGAGGUGGGCGGCAGGCUCUUCCAGUUUGGAGUCAUCAGCUGGGGAGACGGCUGCGCUAAAGAGUUUCGGCCCGGCGUUUACACCAAAGUGACGAACUACAACGGCUGGAUAGCAGAGAAGACAAGGCUGCCGUCCAUGACCGCGGGCUCCAUGUUCCCUCAGAAGUGAGGGAGAUAUCAUCUGUGUAUCUAAAGAGUCUUCCUCUGGACUCUGGACAAUAGAGCUCAAUGAGAGCGUUCACAUGGACUUCAGUGGAUCGGGUUUUAUAAGUACCCUGUUUUUUUGUGUUUGUGCAUGUAAACAUCAUAUCCAGAUUUCAGAAACCAGGAUAAGCCUUUUAGCUGGUCUUAAGAAACACGAUUUUGCUACCUUGAGAACUCAGAAUGGAAUCUGGAUUCUGUGGCAUGUAGACGCCUUACCACGAUUUCUGACGACUCCCUGAGCAGCCGCGGCCUCAUCCAAGUGACUUAUAAGCAAAACAAAAACGGUCGCAACAAUGAGAGCGUCAUACUUCUUUUGUCUUUGUGUAGCUGCUUCAUGAUGUUGGCAUUUAAAAGCGCUAAGCCCCGCAAUAAGCCAUUAUUCUCAGAUUUAAAAAAAAAUUUGAGUUGUAAAAGAAGAAACAUCACAGACGCAAGCGCAAAUAAGACACAGUAAUCAGAGUCAUGGAUACGAGUGUUUAUCAUGUCUACAGGGAUAUGAAUAACCAGGUUUCUGUGUGCGCAUGUAAGCACCUUAUCCUGAACAGAUACGGCUCAUAACGGGGACGCUCACGUCCAUGUAAACACUCAACGUUGUAAAAAAAAACAAAAAAACAAGAUUAACCAUGAAGCUGCUCUUUGGGGUCAAAACUUUCAUUUUUGGCGUGACUUAACUGAGGAGCUAGAGAGCAAAAAUUCUGACUGUACAUUUAAAAAAAACGGUUUCUUUCUUCCAACCUUUGAUCAACUUUAAAUUUAAAUUUUUAUAUUUAAUAUUUACCAGAGCCCCCUGAAGGCUCUGGUAAAUAAAUAAAUAAAAGCCGCUUGUAGAUCCAGUCCCACAUCCAGAGGUAUUGAUUGUCAACAGGCAGGCAACUACUUGGGCCCCAGGCCAGUAGGGGGGCCUCGAGGGCUGACAAACUUUACACCACAGCAGUGGUAGCUCAAAAUGUGCAAAUGUUUCAAUGACAGUAGGAACCUCCCUAAAGGGGCCCCGUCUGACAGCACUCACUAUUUUUGCCCUGCUAAGCAUAGCACGCAAUGCUGUUUUGAAAACCACCUGCUGGUGAUAAACGCUGGUUGAAGGCCCCCCCCAAUUAAUUUUUGCCUCAGGCCCCAAUAGACUGUAGAAUCGCCACUGCCCAAAUGUACAAAUCCGUGCGCAUGGUUUAUUUGGAUUUUCAGUCUGUGGACACGUGUAGUUUGGUCAACAAUGCACACAGAUUGGUAAACUGUACGCACGUUUGUCUGAACUUUAAGCAUGGUUAAGUUAAUGCCACAAUCUGUGGACAAGGAAUAUGUACGCACAGUUUAUUUAAAAAAAAAUGUGCCCACAGAUUGCAAAUCCAUGUGCAUGGAUUAUAAACCAUGCACAGGGAUUUUUAAACUGCGGGAAUGGAUUUACAAACCGCUUUCCUUACAAGUUUUCCUUACAUGAGCCUUCGGGGGCCUCGUAGAGAUCACUGUCUCUGCUGUGUCGGAGGUUUUCAUUCUUGUACAGUUCUUGCACUUUCUGGCAAACAGAUGUUACUUUUCUAUUUUUUCAAUCAAUCUUUAUUUGUAUAGCGUCAUCAGAGACGCUUUACGGAGCAGGCCGAGCAUGAACGAGGAUGGUGGUGGUCGUGGGGACGACACAGUCUGAUGCUUUUUAAAGAUAUAUAUUCGUCAAAUGUAUUUUAAAGAUUUUGAAGAGAUAUUUUUGCUGACAUUUUCUACUUUUUUAUCCAAAAGAAAUUUGCUUAAAAAUAUAAAUGUUUCAAUGCAUAUGUUUUUUUUUAUUUCUCAUGUUUAAAAAAUGAACAAGUGAAUAAAGAAACACUCAAAUCUGUGAUUGUGAAUCAAGACGA